ACAUACGAUCGCACAGAAGGAACGCUGCAGCCCUUGAUGUGCGUCUCUGUUGUCAGUUUGUUAUUUCGGAUCGCGGGCUGUAAUGGGAGUAGCUUUGCAAACACAGACCCGGUCCUGAGAAUUUAAUAACGCGAUCUGUGCGGCAUAAUAAUAAUAAUAAUAAUAAUAAUAAUAAUAAUAAUAAUAAUAAUAAUAAUAAUAAUGAUGCGGAGCCGGACUCGGUCUGGAGACGUGCUGGAUGCACAAACACUACUGAGGCGAGGUGUUUAAUCUAAGUGCAUGCACGAAUGAACGACCACAGCAGCACAUUUUACACUGGCAAAGAGCCGCCUGCCACACACUGCCGCCGCAGAAACGAGCAGCCGCCGCUGGACUCGGAAAUGCAUUUCCCAAAAAAGUGUUCCGUUUUCAAGGUGGUCCUGAGCGCCCUCCUCGUCGUGGCGCUCCUUCAGCUCAUGUAUCUUUCCCUGCUGUCCAAACUGCACGGCAAGCAGCAGCGCUACCGCUACUCCGAGCUCUUCGAGAGCAACAGCCAGUUGAAGCGGGGCGUUUUCCAGCACCAGAAAAACUCCCGCAAAGAGCGGCUCAAAUACUCCCUCUCCACCGGGGGCAUGUUUGACGAGAGCGGGCAGUACCGCGUCUAUAAAAAUAUUAUCAAAAGCGAAUUCACCGCGCACCACGAACCCAGGGCCAGCUCAAACAGCGAGACCCGGUUCGCCCUGGCCACGCACACCUCCAUCAACAACCUCCAUCACUUGCAAGAGCUGCUGGCCCGGUGGCAGAGCGCCCUGUCCGUGGCCGUAUUCGCGCACGGCCAAGAUGUGAAGUUUUCCACGGCGCUCAUCUAUGCGCUGAGUGAGUUUUGCCCGCAGGUCCAAGCGCUGGUAGAUUUCCAUUUGAUCUGCCACUCGGGUGAGAUCGCUAGUUUUCCCGAGCAGGACCGGGAGCAGUUUGCCGGGCUGCAGCGCUGCCGCGACGUGUUCAGUAAACUGGAGAAGCACAGGGGUGCGUUUCAGAACUAUGCCAUGGGCCGCAACGUGUCGUACCCCAAUAACCUGCUGCGCAAUGUGGCCCGGGCCGGUAUCGAUGCGGCAUACACCCUGGUCAUCGACAUUGACAUGAUGCCCAGCCAAAACCUGCACGACGACUUUCUGAACUUCCUCAAAAGGAGAGACCCCCGCCCCGACGAGGUGUUCGUUGUGCCCGCUUUUGAAAUAAGGCACACCCGGAAGAUUCCUGCCACCAAAACUGAGCUUCUGCAGCUGUACCAAGUGGGUGAGGUGCGACCCUUUUACGAGGAGCUGUGCCAUAAGUGCCAGGCGCCCAGCAACUACUCCAGCUGGGUGAACCUCCACGGUCGGGGCGGAGCGGAGCUCCAGGUUGCCUACACGCUGGCCUGGGUCGACCCGUGGGAGCCGUUUUACAUUGGGGGCAGGGCCGUGCCGCUGUACGACGAGAGGUUCAGGCAGUAUGGGUUCAACAGGAUCAGUCAGGCCUGCGAGCUCCACAUUGCUGGCUACAGCUUCUCCGUGCUGAGCAACGCUUUCCUGGUGCACCGUGGCUUCAAAGUGUCCAGAGAGUUUCACGCCAGGAAGGACCAGGAGAACCGCCUCAACCGAGUUCUCUUCAGGCAGUUCAAGGAGGGGCUGAAACUCAAGUACCAAGACUCGACCCGGCGCUGCUGAGGGGAGAGUGGAUUCAGGCCCUGUCCUGUCAGUCCUGCGUGUGUGUGUGUGUGUGUGUGAGAGUGGAGCAAGCAAAUAAAUUGUCUUUUGUUUGAGGAGAUAAGCAGACUAAACUAAAUGAGAGAGGCCCAAGUUGGGUGUGCAGUGAGGAUGAAACUGGGCACAGCGCUGCAUAUUUGAUAAAACUUGUCCAGAAGCGUUUUUUCAGUGGGCAUGCUGUUUGUUUUGCAUGUUUGGUUAUACCAUCAACCCUCUCCCUCUCCCUCAGCAUUUGAAAAGCAGCGGCCCGAGUUUCCAGCUGUGUGUUGAGUUUGGAAAGCCAUUUCGAUGGCGUCUGGGGUUGCCGGAUGGAUUCCAUUUGCACCUCCUUUGCAAGCGUGUGUUGGGCAUUGAUUGGGGAUGUGAGUGAUGGAUUGCACUUGAUCCCUCGUUUGCAGAGGAGCCAGCCGCUCCUCUCAUGCUGUUCUAUCAUGGUUCAGUGCAGUCCAGUGUCCAGCUAGUUCCUCUGUUAGAUCGUCAGUAAGUAUGUGGUUAGGGACAUCGCAGGCUGACCACAUACUGCGCCACUCCUUCAACGCUGAAAUAGGAGAUCAAUUUAAAGUGAAAAUAAUGACCGUUCCUUAGGCACGUAAAGUGGUCCCACCUAACAACAUUAUUUUGUGCAGUUUUUGAAAGAAACACAUUUUACCAAUUUUUAUUUAAAAAAAACAAAAAAAAACCAAACAGA